UCGGAGAAGAUGCUCUCAGGGAGUGACGCUGGGGAGAGGUGCGCAGGCGCAGUGGCGGUAGGCCGUAGUUGCGCACUUGUAAUGAGGAGGAGUGGUGUUAGUGCUGUAGGUUCAGUCCCGGAGUCGUCGUGGUAGCCUGGUGGCCGCCCGCGGAACUCAGCGCCGUCUGCUCUGUAUGGAGAGUGGAGAAUGGCUCCUUUCCCGGAUGAGGUGGAUGUGUUCACCGGGCCGCACUGGCGGAUGAAGCAGCUGGUCGGGCGCUAUUGCGAUAAGCUUUCCAAGACCAAUUUUUCCAACAACAAUGACUUCCGCGCCCUGCUGCAGUCUCUGUACGAGACCUUCAAGGAGUUCAAGAUGCACGAGCAGAUCGAGAAUGAAUGCAUCAUUGGCCUGUUACAGCAACGCAGCCAGACCGUGUACAAUGUGCACUCUGACAACAAGCUCUCUGAGAUGCUUGUCCUGUUCGAGAAAGGGCUGAAAAAUGUGAAGGAUGAAUAUGAACAGCUGAACUAUGCCCAGCAGCUGAAGGAGAGGCUGGAGGCUUUCACCAGUGACUUCAUCCCUCAUAUGAAGGAAGAAGAGGAGGUUUUUCAGCCCAUGUUGAUGGAAUACUUUACUUAUGAUGAGCUAAAGGACAUUAAAAAGAUGGUGAUCGCCCAACACUGCUCCCAGAAAGACCCCACAGAACUGCUCAGAGGGCUGAGUCUGUGGACUGAGGCUGAAGAGAUUCAGAAGGUGCUCAAGUACUCUAUGGAUGAAAAGACGGAGAAGGAGCCAGCUGCUCAGCUGAGUGCAACAUCCAUUUGUCAUCUUCCUCCGGAGGUAAUGCUGAAAAUUUUUAGUUACCUUAAUCCCCAGGAGCUGUGUCGUUGUAGUCAAGUAAACAGUAAAUGGGCACAGCUGGCAAAGGCUGGAUCUCUCUGGAAACAUCUGUACCCGGUGCUGUGGGCUAGAGGUAACUGGUACAGCGGGGCGGCUAUUCACCUUGACCCUGAGCCAGAUGAGGACUGGGUGUCCAGAAGGAAGGAUGAGAGUCGUGCAUACCAGGAGUGGGAUGAGGAUGCCGACAUUGAUGAGUCUGAGGAGCCUGAAGAUGAAGGUUAUUCGUCCUCCAUAAGUGUGGCACAGCAAGAAAAGGAGAUACUGCAUGGUUUAAUACAGAAUAUUCUUCCCUAUGUUGGUCAUUCAGUGAAGACCCUUGUACUAGCAUACAGUUCAGCCGCUAGCAGCAAAAUGAUUCGGCAGAUGCUUGAGUUUUGCCCCAAUCUAGAACACCUGGAUCUUACUCAGACGGAUAUUUCAGACUCUACUUUUGAUGGGUGGUAUUUUGGCAGCUGUCAGAACAUUCGUCAUCUUGACCUGUCUGGAUGUGAUAAGAUCAGUGACAGAACGCUGGAAAGGCUGAGUCUGGCCCUCGGCGUGCUACCUCCUUACAGGAAAAGUUUAUUGAAAUGUUCCCGAAACAACAAAAAUGUCAAAUCAGCCUGGGGGAGAAAAGACAUGAACAACAGAAUGAGGACUAAUGCCAUGCAGUGCGGAUUGUUUUCUGAAGAAUUAUGGACGCGGUCUGGCCACUGUGAUGGCUAUCCAUCUUCACCUUUCUGGAUUUUACAGUCUGAGAGGCUGGCUGACAUUGAAGAUGCGGCUGAUUGGAAGUAUGGAAAUACUGAUGGACUUUGUGUAUUGGAGAUGUCCUCCAAUAUGAAUUGCUUUGGUAAUGGGUAUUGCAACAGGAAUCCAAUGCCUGGUAUGAGGACUAAUGGUGGCUGGCAGCAGCGAUACCAGUCAGAUGCUUAUACCUAUUGUGGCCAUUCAUUCUGUUCUGCUGGAGCAAAACUAAGAACUAUACAAGCACUCCCAGAAACCUCUGCUCUCUGCAAAGGUGGCAAAAGGACUCUUCAGUCAGAGGUCACAGACUCUUUCUCUGGGAGUGCGAAGUGUGAGCCUAGUGCUGCACGUGUGUUACAGUUACUUAGCCUCUCGGGUUGUCUUCAGAUCACAGAUCGUGGGCUCAGGGCGUUGACCAUAGGCGGAGGACUACCUUAUCUAGAACACCUAAAUCUCUCUGGAUGUCUCAAUGUGACUGGCUCAGGCUUACAGGAGCUGGUGUCUGCAUGUCCCUCUCUUAAUGAUGAACACUUCUACUACUGUGACAACAUUAAUGGUCCUCAUGCUGACACGGCCAGCGGAUGCCAGAAUCUGCAGUGUGGUUUUCGGGCCUGCUGCCGAUCUGGUGAAUGAUCAGUUCUUUUCUGACUUCUCCCACUCAUCUGAGCAGCCAUUCUUUCAUGCACUUUACCUUUUUAUCACACGCUGUGUGUAUAAACCUGUUUUGGGAUCCUUAUGGAGUUUUACCUUGAGAAAUUGAGCAGCAUACAUCCUAGUUCUUCAGCAAGCUGUCCAGUGUAGUCACAGUUUUCGCUAAAUAAAACUUCAUUGUUUGAAAUCUCUAA